UGCCUCCACUCUAGGAGCGAUUGUUUACCGCAUUUACUCCAAAAAAAGGAUGGUUCAAAAUUGUUUUCAUAGUUCUUUUGCCGACCUCAAACAAAUUCAUGUAGGGGGGCUGAAAUCACGGUAGCUUAUGCGGAACUCUUCACCAAGAGGGCGGUAGAGAGUUUUAACCCGUGCACAGGUAAUGGAAGCAGCACGCGCAUACGCAACGAAAACAAAUGGUAAAAUUAUCCACUAACUGUGCUCAACACCUUCGACAGGGAAAUCAACGAGAUAAUAAACCACUGCUCUGAAUAGCCUUUCUGUUUAAAUGCUACAAUCGUGAAAACGCCGUGAGUGCAAUUAUUUCACAUUUAAAAAGGGCCCCCCUCCCUUUAUUGCUAUUCUAUCCGAGUUCAUUUUGGGGCGGAAUCUUCUAUAGGAAGAUAAAUGGAGUUCAACCACGUCUCUGUAGUUCAUGAAGCCAUUCCUUAGCGUUGGCUUUUGAAAUUGAUUAGUUGCGUAUAUCUUAUUUCUUACUGUGUUAAAGUGCCAGCCACAAAUGAAACUUGAAUUAAUGAUUACCUGAACAUUUCAAUUUUCUUUCUUUUUUGAGAACUUCUUCAUCGUUUCUUAUCACAAUUUACAUCAAAAGGAGUACGUAGCCCCAUUAACCCGUACUUUAUAUCCUUCCCCCUUCCUCAAAAAAAUUAAUAAAUAGCAAAAAAGAUGUUCUCGAAGCUUAUCACGCAACUCCUGGCUGAGUUUUUAGGCACCUUUUUCUUACUCCUCACGAUUCCACUUGCUUCUCACGGCGUGGCUACGCUAUCCCCCUUAGCGAUAGGAUUCAUUCUUUCUGCAAUGUCCUUUUCCCUACGCCAUAUUUGUGGAGCCCACUUCAACCCAGCGAUAUGUUUUGCCGCGUUUGUUAACAAAUCACUCUCCUAUUCUCUUUUCGUAGGGUACGUUUUCGUUCAGAUUAUUGCAGGAUUUUUUGCAGCUGUGUACGUCUCUUCCAUUCACGAAUCAAAAAUACUCUUCGUAGGGGUAGAAGUGGAUAUCGGCGACAUUUGGAGAUUGGCGCUGUGGGAAUUUAUUUAUACCUUUGCUCUCGUUUCAGUAGUGUUGCAUGUUUCUUUUUCUGGGCAAAGACAAAAUGAUUUCUACGGACUUUCCAUCGGAAUGUUGCUGCUAUCAGCUGCCUUUACAGAUGACAAACGUACCGUUAGCCUCCUCAAUCCAGCUGCUGUUACUGGAGCUGAGUUGCUUUCAUGGUUAAGGGGCAGCUCUGAUAGCUUUAUAUUUUUUUUGGUUAGUUGGAUUGCACCUAUGAGUGCUGCGUUUGUAGGGUCUAUUUUUUUCCAAAUGCUAGAUACAAAAGAUGACAGGGUAAGAAGACCGACUAAUAUUGCGAUGAUAUAUUAA